AUAGGAUUUGUCCAGUUCGCUGAUGAUGAACAGCAGAUCUGAGCUGAGUGCUGGUGCGGCCGCAUACUGCCACAGCAGAACUGGCAGGAAAUUGAAGCUCAAGAUGUUACCCAAAUCACCCAAGGUCAUACAACUGGAGCUAAUUGAGGCUAUUUCCAUGAAGUCUUCUCAACUGCCAUCUCGUCUUUCUGGCCAGGUUUGUGCUUCUUAUUAAAGUUGGGAACCUAAUGAACUUCAUGAUUGGCUUGGGAUCACACUUUUGCAACUUGAUGAUCUACUGGGAGUCUGAGAGAGCUAAUGCACAUGCAUGAUAUAUAUAUGCAAAUAUGUUUUAUUGUAUGUGAAUCUUCACAUGCUUUGGAAUGUUACAUCUAUAAUAUUAAUAUAUUGUUCAAGUAAGAAAUAAAUACAAGAAGGAAGCCAUCUUCAGAGAUGCAAGUUUUGGAAGUUGACAGUACUACACCAAUGGAAAAAGGUCAAAAUAGUUGUUUUUUUUUUUGAAUGCUGCUUCUACUGGAGCGAAUCAUCAGAUAGCAUGGCUUUAGAGAAGCCCUGCAUAAGAUGCAUUUGGAAAUGAAGUUGUCAUGGCAACUGUCUCUGGAGUAACAGACAAAAUCCCCAUAGAGCUUAGAGAACUCUCAACGUCUUCUUUGCACUUGGAUCUCAAGGACAGCCUGCCUUAUGGACUUAUUUUAAUUUUAUUUUAAUGAAUUGCUUUUCUCUGUUUGUAACUUUUGUGCAGUAGGGCUGAGACAAGGAUUGGGACUCUAACUAGAGUCACUCUGGGAUGUGGACAAUUCCAAGUGUAAAGUGACAGAUGAGCACCGUCAUUGCAGAGACUGAGCUGAAGACCCUCCUAGAAGAGAAUGGCUGCUGACAACUCCUCUUCUGUGACAGAGUUUAUCCUCUCAGGCUUAACUGACCAGCAGGAACUCCAAAUCCCUCUCUUCUUCCUGUUUCUAGGUUUCUACGUGGUCACCGUGGUGGGGAACCUGGGCUUGAUAAUCCUGAUUGGGCUCAACUCUCACCUCCAUAUUCCCAUGUACUUCUUCCUCUUCAACUUGUCCUUCAUAGAUUUUAGUUUCUCUGCUGCCAUCGUUCCCAAAAUGCUGAUGAGUUUUGUCUCAAAGAAGAACAUCAUUUCCUAUGCAGGGUGUAUGACUCAGCUCUUCUUCUUUUGUUUCUUUGUCUUUUCUGAGUCCUUCAUCCUGUCAGCGAUGGCAUAUGACCGCUAUGUUGCCAUCUGUAACCCACUGUUGUACACGGUCACCAUGUCUCCCCAGGUGUGUUUGCUUCUUUUGUCAGGUGUCUAUGGGAUGGGGGUUUUUGGAGCUGUGGCCCAUACAGGAAAUAUACUGUAUCUGACCUUUUGUGCAGACAACCUUAUUAAUCAUUAUAUGUGUGACAUCCUUCCUCUCCUUGAGCUGUCCUGCAACGGCUCUAACAUAAAUGUACUGGUGGUUGUCAUUGUUGUGACCAUUGGCAUUGGGGUGCCCAUUGUUGCCAUUUUUAUUUCUUAUGGUUUUAUUCUUUCCAGCAUUCUUCAUAUUAGCUCCACUGAGGGCAGAUCCAAAGCCUUUGGAACUUGCAGUUCCCAUAUAAUUGCAGUUUCUCUUUUCUUUGGGUCAGGAGCUUUUAUGUAUCUCAAACCACCUUCUAUUUUACCCCUGGACCAGGGGAAAGUGUCCUCCCUGUUCUAUACCAUUGUUGUGCCCAUGUGCAACCCUUUAAUCUAUAGCCUGAGGAAUAAGGAUGUCAAACUUGCCCUGAAGAGGACCUUGGGCAGAAUAAGUUUCUCUGGAAAAAAAUUUUAGAAAUGGGAAAAAGAGAUCAAAGGAUUUUUUAUUAGUGUUUUUAUUAUGAUUAUUACUUUUUAAUAUUAGGAGUCCAAGCUACAGUGCUUUCUACACUAUAUGUAAGGAAAAUUUUAACUCUUUUUUUCUGAGUGGAUUUAUUCUCCUCUACCUCCACUCCCAACUCUUCCUUUUUUAUUUUAUGAAAAAGUUUCUAUAAUUAUGGAAUAUUCAAUGCUGAAUGGGGCUUAGGAAGCAUUUCAUCUAGUCCCUUUAUAUAAUAAAUCAUACUUUGGAGACUGAGAAGUAUUUUCAUGUUGCCCAAGAACACAAAACUGCCUGGUACAGAGCUGGGACUAGAAUCCCAGCUUGAAUACGGAUCCACUUUAUUUUCCUUUAUGCCAUGUGUUCUUGCCUGAUCUCUUUCUUGGGAAAUUUCAUUUCACAUGUUAGUUGACAUAACACAUUUAAAUUAUGAAUAUAUUCACAGUAAUUUCAUGCCAUUUUUCACAGAAUAAUUUUAAUAUAUCACAUUUUGCAAGAACUAAGGAGAUGGAACUUUUUUUUUGAGGUGAUCUUGGCAAAAUGACAAGAUCGGUGUUUGAUGAGUUUUGUAGUGCGUAGGUGGGAAGUAUGUUAGGUUUCACAUAGAAGCAAGCAUGGUGCAUACUGAUUUGGUGGGUGGAGCUCUGCAGAAACAGUCUAGUCAGUGGACUAGAAAACUACGAAGGGAGAGAGAAAAUUUUUAAGUGGGUAAAGAUUCUGCGUGGAGGUGUCAUAUAUUAUUUUAAGAUGAACAGAGGGAGUAUUUGGAAUCUCAUUUUAAGCGUUAACUUGGAUGUUAGAGAUCUGAUAAGAAAGUGUGUAGUUCAAGGUAAUUGGGAGCUGCACUAUACCAUGCAGUAGUCACUAGUCACAUAUGGCUAUUGAGCACUUGAAAUGCGAUCAUCCAUAUUGAGACAUACGAUAAGUGUGCAAUGUAAGUGUAAGAUACACAUUGGAUCUUUGAAGAACUAUUAUGAAAAAAAUAAUGUAAAAUA